GCAGAAAAUUUACAGUUUGUGGCGACGCACUGUCAUGAAAACAGCCAAAGACAUGCCUUUGGCUCAUUUGGAAGUCUUGUACGACACCAUUUCGGCCUGCAUUAGCAUUCACAAAGACGAUUUUCAAAAUUUAGUUAAGAAUUUGGAUGACACUCUUCUCGAAAUUGAGGCAACUAAGUAGAAAUGUCGCUGUCCAGUAGUUUCCCGUGGAGGUCCUUGAGAUGUCUAACAUUUACAGGAAUCGCAUCAAUUAUUCUUUUAGGAAAAGUAAAAGGGCAAUUUAGUUUAUACGAAGAGGAGGUGAGCGCUCCUUGCUCUGAUUUCAAAAUAGGAAAUGAUGAUUUACAAGCGUACGAUUUUAUUCGAUUGUAUCGGCUGGACAUUGCCGAGACGACACAUCCAGGGAUUAGCAAAGUUAGGGGCUCAAAUCAGUAUCAAACUGCUUAUAGAUUGGACAAAGACGCGGAUUUAACUUUACCAACAAGAGAUAUUUUUCCACAAGGAUUACCGGAGCAAUUUUCCUUUAUUUGCACAUUUCGCGCACGCCGUGUACCAAAAUCUCCGUGGCAUUUAAUUAGGAUCACUGAUUUGGAGUCGAGGCCCCAAUUUCUCAUUUCGUUGAAUCCCAGGAGUGGAACAAUCGAGCUUUCAUUGAAUAAUUACGAGGGAGAGCUUCAAACAAUCGUUUUUAAUGGCACAAGUAUUUUUGAUAAGAACUGGCACAAAAUCCACUUUGGGGUAUCUAGAGAGAAAGUCAUGCUGUAUCUUGACUGCGAAAAAAAUGAUGAAGCGCUGUUGGUGGAACCUCGAGGGCCUAUUGACAUUAAUGGGGAAUUGUCCGUUUCUAAACUUGAAAAUUCAAGACAAACGGUUCCGCGCACAUUCCCGAUUGAUCUUCAGUGGAUGUUCAUGACUUGUGAUUACACAAAACCAUUACGAGAAAGAUGCGAAGAACUACCAGAAGUGAGACCGGUCCAACCGCCCAAAAAUCUUGGCCUUCCACCUAAACCGUGUGACGUAACCUGCCCUCAAGGCCCUCCAGGCUACAACGGCACCGACGGCCGUCCUGGUUUGCCUGGUGAGCCGGGACCACCAGGGCCACCGGGUCGUACAGGCCCGCAAGGUGCACGAGGAGAAAGGGGCGAGUUUGGAAGACCAGGAUAUCCCGGUUCACCAGGUUUACAAGGUCUUCCAGGUAUAAGGGGAAUACAAGGACCCCCCGGGGCUCCAGGACUGCCAGGAAAAGAUGGUGGACGGGGGCCUAAAGGUGAUAAGGGUGACAGCGGGGCAAGUGGUCCAAAGGGUGACAGAGGAGAAACUGGAUUUCCGGGAUUACCAGGCAGCCAGGGUGUUCCCGGGCCACCAGGUCCUGCUAGUACCAUUGAUGGAAGAGUAGUUCAAGGUCCAAUAGGACCACAAGGACCCCCAGGAUUACCAGGUCCCGAAGGUCCUCCUGGGACUAAAGGUCUUCGCGGAAACCGUGGUUUACCCGGAUUUCCUGGUAAAGACGGUAUUCCUGGACAAGAUGGUGCUAAAGGAGAAAAGGGGGAAGCGGGGGAACGUGGAGAAAGAGGAUUUACAGGACCAGCGGGACCUCCUGGUCCACCUGGAAUUCAAGUCGGUCAACAUACCGCUACCACAGGUGGCCUUCCGGGACCUCGUGGGGAACCUGGAUUUCCGGGAGUGCAAGGAAUAAAGGGAAGUAAGGGCGAACAAGGAGAGAGAGGGGAACGUGGAGAAAAGGGAGAACAAGGUGAUCGCGGAUUUCCUGGUUUAGACGGAGCUCCAGGUCUUCCAGGGAAAGCAGGAUCAGCAGGUCCGGAAGGACCGAAGGGAGAGACGGGUUUUAUCGGACCUCCGGGUGUACAAGGACCUAUUGGCCCAUCUGGAUUACCAGGACCUCCGGGUGAGCCAGGCGUGCCCGGCUUUCCUGGGUCAAAAGGGGACAUGGGACCUGCAGGUCCCCCUGGAUUACCAGGAAUUGUAUCGUCCUCUGGAGAUAAACUAGCACCUGGUCCUCCUGGCGAACGUGGGCCUCCUGGUUUAGAUGGAGAGAAAGGUGAAAGAGGGUUCCCGGGUCUUCCGGGACCACCGGGUUUGCCCGGACUUCAAGGACCACCAGGUCCUGAAGGAAUCUCCGGAAAAGAUGGCGAACAGGGCCCCCCUGGAAUUCGGGGCGAAGCUGGCCCCCAAGGCUCUGAAGGUAAACCCGGCCAACCUGGAUACCCUGGCAUUCCAGGCCCCCCCGGAAAACACGGUGAUAAAGGCGAUCAAGGAGAAACCGGCGAACAAGGUCCUGUUGGACCCCGCGGAUUGCCAGGCCAUAUGGGUCCCACAGGUCUACCUGGAAUUCCGGGUCCUAGUGGUCCACAGGGUCUACUAGGUCCGCCAGGACCUGCUGGACCUCCAGGACCUCCGGGCCCACCAGGUGAAAGCGGGGUUGGUGUCGGGCAACUAAUUGUCGACAGUACAGGAGCACCUGGAGUUCAUGGUCCCAGAGGAUAUCCAGGACCUGCCGGUCUUCCUGGUGAACGAGGAGCCGCAGGAGAACGGGGUCCAGAGGGAAAACCAGGGAUACCUGGAAUUCCAGGAAAGGAAGGACCGCCAGGAUUUCCAGGACCUCCGGGGCAAAGAGGCUCGCCGGGGCUGCCAGGAAUGCAAGGAUCGCCGGGCAAGAGUUUCACGGAGGCGGAGGUGCGCGAUAUAUGUGCGGCAGUGUUACGAGACCAGCUAAACGAGUUAUCUGCAACUCUGAUCGGACCCCCCGGUCCUCCGGGUCACUCCCGACCCGGUCGGCCGGGCCCCCCAGGUGUCCAAGGUCCACCAGAUAGACACGCUGAACUAAUACUUGGGUUACGGGGGCCACCGGGGCCUCCUGGCUUGACUCGAACCGGCCCAUCUGGACGAUCAGGAGCCCCCGGUAUCCCAGGUGACAUAGGACCACCCGGUUUACCCGGAGAAAGGGGCUUCAUGGGGCUGCCGGGACCGGCAGGGUCUCCAGGCUCGAUAGGUUUGCCGGGAGAAAGGGGCGAGAAGGGUGACAGAGGGCCCGAAGGAGUUGGAAUAGAAGGGCCAAUGGGGCCUAGGGGGCUGCCAGGUCCUCCGGGACCUCCAGGUGUUGGGUUACAGGGAAGUACAGGUGAUAGGGGAGAACCGGGAAGACCGGGUCCACCUGGUUUAAGAGGUACACCUGGGCCACAAGGGGCUCCAGGAUACUGCGAAUUUUGUAAUAAUCUCCAAAACUACCAGUACUAUGCGGCAAUGGCUGCUAGGUCUGGGGGAAAUGAUAAAGGGCCGUAAUUAGAUAAUUUAGAUAAACCUUAUUCCAUGUGUUCACUCUGUUAUCGAUUUAGCUUAGCACUGAUUAUUUUUGUUUAAAUGUAUUAAUAUUAAGUUAAUGACAAGCGUUCCUAUUCCUGUUGUAAGUAACAAAGAUACUUUGCCGAAAUAUGUUAUUAACAACAAUCAAUAAUUGUAGAAACAGAGGAACGUAUCAAAACAAUAUGUACAUACUAUGGAAUGAUAAUAAGCUAAUAAAUAAUAAUAAAGAAAUAUAAAACAGUA